AUGGACGUGUUUAAUUACAGUAAAGCAGUCUUUCUGCAUCUCUGUGUGUGUCGCUGCGUCUCUCCCUCAUUCCAUGUGUCUCUCUGCAUCUCUCUGCACCUCUCUCUGUUGUGUCUCUACAUCGCUCUGCAUCUCUCUGUCUCUCUCUGCAUCUCUGUGUCUCUAUGUCGCUUUGUGUCUCUGUGUCUCUCUUUCACUGGCCAGGAGCACCCAGUGUUGGUUGAGGUGACCAGAAACCGGGAACAGAGUCUCUUAGGAAGGCACGUGGAAAGAGCCCAGCUCUUGAGGGAACCUCCGCUGGCUGGUGACACUUUAAGUGCUGGCUGCCAGAGGCCAUCACUGGGGACCCUGACAGCAGGACCUCCUCCUUGUCAUGGCUGCUUGUUUGGCUGGCGGUGCCUUGUGACCCGCCGCGGCGUCCCACGUCUCGGUGCUAGCCAGCCCGCGGACGCGGGAAUCACCUCACAAGCCCACUCAGCGGCAGCGAGGGCAGGAGCGAGGAAAGCCCGGGCCCAAAACCCCAAGCGCCGGCCACGGGCCGCACGCCUCGUGCUGUGCUCCCGCGCACGCGCACGCGCCCCGCGCUCCUGCCGCUGGUCCUGGGGGCGGGACCGCUCGGCUACGAGCGGGCGGGGGGCUCGUGGCGCGCGCGCCCGGCACACGAGGGCUGCGGAGAGAUAUUUUGGGUGGCAGGAGGCCCCUCGUCAUUUCCGCCGGGCGGCGUGUCGUGCUGGGGGCUUCACUCCCGCGCGCGAGGCGAGCGGGCAAGUUGGCUGCGGGUGUGCAGCGGCUGCUCUUUUCCUCAGCGAAGCGACCCUCGGCAGCGAGAGCCAUGAACUGAAGUCCCUGAGAGACGGAGACCCGAGGGGAGCCGCCGAGGCAGCCGCAGCCUUAGCCGCUUCCUCGGGGGGACUGAGCCUCUCUGGUGCGGAGCCGCGGAGCCGCGAACCCGGCACGCUUCGCUCCCCACUGCCGUUUCCACCGCGGCUCCCCAGCAUUUACUGGGAGACUUUACAGCGUGAGCCCAGACACACAAAAGCCACCUUUUCCGCGCUACCCGCCCAGCGAGGCAGCGGCCAGUGA